CGGCAUUCGUCUUCUACCUUCACCGCCACCAUGAACAUCAUCGAAACGCUCUUCGGUCGGACUGUCACGCCUGCUGAACGAUUGCGACAGCAUCAACGCGCCCUCGCCAAGGCACAGCGUGAGCUCGACCGGGAACGCACCAAGCUCGAACAAAGUGAGAAGAAAUUGAUAAUGGACAUAAAGAAGAGCGCAAAGGCCGGCCAAAUGAAUGCCUGCAAAGUAAUGGCCAAGGACCUCGUCAGGACCCGACGGUACACUCACAAGUUCUAUCAAAUGCGCACUCAGCUCCAGGCCGUCAGCCUGCGAAUACAAACACUGCGAAGUAACGAACAGAUGGCGAGCGCGAUGAGGGGUGCUACUCGUGCGAUGGCUUCCAUGAACCGUGGCCUCAAUCUACCAGCUAUUCAGCGAAUCAUGAAUGAGUUCGAGAAGGAGAGCUCAAUGAUGGACAUGAAAGAGGAAAUGAUGUCCGACGCAGUCGACGACGUGAUGGACGACGAGGCUGAAGAUGAAGAGGAGGAAGGCGACAAGAUUCUGAAAGAAGUAUUAGACGAGAUCGGUGUCAAUCUGUCGCAGCAGCUCACUGAUGCUCCCACCGGUAUCGCUGUAUCAACUCCCGUGGCAAGUAAGCAGCCUGUAGCUCUGGGAGAAUCCAGCGUAGCGCCAACACGAGGCAACGACAACAGCAAUACUGGUGGCGAUACCUCUGGCGGUGGAGCAGUAUCUGAUGAGGAUGCCUUACAAGCACGGCUGGAUGCUUUGCGACGGGGCUAGACGUAGACUGCUGAUCUCAUUUUGUAUAUUAUCGGCCUACCCAUACGGGUGUAUACUAUGGCAGUACGGUGCCUAUACCUUCAGAGAAACAAUGGCACGAGCUUCCUGCGCAGUCAGUUUCCAAGAUAUGCCAGAUCCAUUGUAGAAUUCGUCAACGUCUUCCUCCUGUAGCACUGUUUAGAAAACUAGCACCAUAGAAACGUAGGUCGCGUACAUUAUCCAGGUUCAACAAAGUAGACAUUUGUUGUAAACGAACAAAUUUCUCUCUGGCGUCGCCAAACGCGGUCUGCGAUGACAGAUAUGUGGUGAUGGACCGCAGGUCCCUGUCAAACCGAAUAGCACCCAACUGUAGCCGUUCAGUUACAAAUCCUUGUCACUACA